CGUUCGCGGGAUUACGAGGGCGUAGUCACGGAACCAAGGCAGUAGGGCGGACAGACAGUGAUGACCUGUAUGAAUGAGAGACGCGCAUAUUUUAUUCUGAUUCAAAGCCUUGAUUCAACUUUAAACCACCGACUUUUUUUUUCGGUGAUACAAUCCUAUCUUACUCGAACCUUUUUUUUCUUUUUUCUUUUUUUUUUUCUUCUUCUUAGCAUCCUGUGUCUACUUUCUUCGUCUACAAGAUUCUCUAUCGCCUGGGAGAUUCCCGGUUUCGUAAUUUGAAUUGGUUUUAUGGUUGAGACCACGGGGGGCUCUUCUUCGAUUGCGUGUAUCAUUACCGUCAUGUCCAUGUCAACAUCAUCAACGACCAGAACAGAAUCGAUUACCCUGGUGCUGGGAAUGUACUCUCCUACAAAUCCAUCAUCUUUGUCCUGCACUGUGCUACAUAUAUCUUCUCUCGAUCUCCAUCCUAGAAGCCGCCGAGAAUCAACUAGCAGGGGACAUCCUACCUCCUAUCUCUUACCUCGCUUGACAGGUAGCGAAGGGAGUCAGGGGACCAGGCACGGCGUAUGGAUCUAUCCCUCGAAACUGACACCUCUAUUGUCCACCCAUAGCGGAAGGCUACCCAUCGUUAGCUAGCUAGCUAGCUACCUUCCUACAGGUCAACCUACAGACCAACCUACA